AUGGCCAUGAACAUGCUCACGUCCACAGCGGGCCUGCCCAUGUUCAUGCUGACAACAGCCACGGACAUGAUCAUGACCCCUCUUCGCGCGAGCACGACCACACACCCGACCAUGCCGCUGGCCAGGAGCAUGCGCAUUGCGUCGAUGAAGCUGAUUGUGCCGCCAAGGGUGAAGUCUGCGAUGAUGAUGCUUGCUGCGAUACCGAAGAUGACUGCAGUUCAGCAACGCUGGCCUGCUGCGACACCAAUGACGAACACUGCGACGUGUAUCAUCGCUGCUGCUGCCAUUGAGUGCGAAAAGGCUUGUGAAAUUGAAGGAGAAAUUCCCGAUGCCCAUCUCGUCCACCGACACAACCACGAUGCCUCUGGCCGCCACCCCGCCACCGCUUGCGGCGACCAUUUGGCCCAGGCUUUUGACCAAUAUACGGCUUACCUCGAAUCCGCCCGCUGCAUCUGCCGCAGUGUUCUCGAGCGCGGAUGGGGCAGCACUUGCUGCAGCGCCCAGCCCAAGAAGAAGCCCAUUCGAAAGCGAACCCCCGGCGGGGCUACGUCUUUCACGUCGGCCCACGCCCAUCACCCCAGUCAUCACCAUCACGGACUGAAGCGACGUAAUAAGAAACAGCUAGUCCGCGUUGCGUCUGAUAAAGACUCUUGCUGCGGUGAUGUGGGUGAUGGGGACUCGUGCUGUGGUGGUGACCACGCAGACCACGCCCACGAUGAAAAGCUUUCCGCAAAUACUCGCAUUGUCAAUUUUCGCGACCUCGAAAAAGCCGAUGGCCUCGAACACCUUGCUCUUCACGUCGAGGGCAUGACUUGCUCCGGAUGUGGAAACAAGAUGGACAAGAGCCUUCGAACCAUACCUGGUGUCUCCAACGUGCGCGUCAACUUUGUCAUGGGACAAGCUGAAUGCAGCAUCGAUACCUCCAUGAUGGGGCCAGAUGAAGUCAUAAAAACUGCAGAACGUGCUACAGGGUUCAAAUGCACCAAGCUUUCCAGCGAUGAUCAAGCGAUCGACAUCCUUGCGGCAGGUUCAGUGGCUAAGGGCCUACUGGACCUCGACAUACCCGGUGUCACAGACGCAUCUCUUCUCAACAAGAAGACUGUCCGUAUCAACUACGACCCCACCAUUGUAGGGGCGCGGGAGCUUUACUCGAGGCUGCCUUCCGGUAUUGAAGGCCUUGCACCUCCGCGAGAUGACCCUUCGGUGUCUAGCGGUCGAAAGAGGCUGUACGAUCAGUUAAUCAAAACUCUUCUUGCAGCUGCUUUUACGAUUCCUGUUUUAGUCAUGGCUUGGGGAGAUGACGUCGUCCAGGAGCCAACCAAGGCUAUCAUCUCCCUGUGCCUAGCCACUGUUGUGCAGAUGAUUGCAAUACCCGAUUUCUAUCGCCCGGCUCUCUCGUCCCUCAUUUACAACGGCGUUGUGGAGAUGGACAUGCUAGUUGUCAUCAGCAUCACUGCCGCCUACGUUUACUCUGUUGUUGCUUUUGGUUUCCGUAUGGUUGGCCAGCCUCUCGAGACAGCCGAGUUUUUUGAGACCAGCACCCUUCUCAUAACUCUUGUUAUUCUCGGCCGCCUGGUUGCUGCAUUUGCUCGUGUCCGCGCUGUGCAGGCCGUUUCUCUCCGUUCACUCCAGGCCAGCUCCGCCGUUGUUGUCGAGAAUGGUCAAGACAAAGACAUCGAUGCCAGACUUCUGCAGUAUGGCGACAAGUUUAAAGUCGCCCCCCACACGGCGGUACCUACCGAUGGUAUUGUCAUUACGGGGUCCAGCGAUGUUGACGAGUCCAUGCUGACUGGCGAGAGUGUUCCUGUGUUCAAGAAGGAAGGAGAUGAGGUUAUUGCCGGUACAGUCAACGGGACUGGUACCAUCGUUGCGCGCUUGGCCCGUCUUCCUGGCAAAAAUACUGUCACCGAUAUCGCGCAACUUGUCGAAGAUGCAGCCAACUCCAAGCCACCUAUGCAGGACGCGGCCGAUCGCGUUGCUAGCUGGUUUGUGCCCAUUGUCACUACGAUUUCUAUCCUUGUUAUUAUCGUUUGGGUUGUGGUUGGCCUCAAGAUCCGCAAGUACAGUGGUGGCCAGACAGUUUCCAACGCCAUUACAUAUGCCGUCGCUACCCUCGCCGUUUCUUGCCCCUGUGCUCUCGGGCUCGCUGUCCCCAUGGUUUUGGUCGUUGCAGGUGGCGUUGCUGCUCGCAGUGGUGUCAUCAUAAAGUCUGCUGAAUGCACAGAACGUGCUCGCAAAGUCACGGAUGUCGUCUUUGACAAGACUGGCACCAUCACAGAGACUGAUCUCGAUGUCAUGACAACCGAAUUCUUUGACUGUGAAGAAAACUCGGCCAUUGCCAUGACCAAGCCGCUAGUCGGCAACAACCACCCUGUCUCCCUUGGUGUGGCCAAGUACCUCAAGAACCGACCCGGCAGUGCCACUGUUACCGAUAUUCACGUUAUCCCAGGUUCUGGUGUUGAGGGAGUCUUCGAAGGCGACGUCAUUCGCGCCGGCAAUCCCAAGUGGACUGGAACUGACAGUGACCCCAUUGUCAAAAAUCUUCAGAGCCAAGGUCUGACUCUUCUCGUCAUCACUCGCAACUCCAAGCCCAUCGCCGCCUAUGGUCUUCGCACUCGUCUUCGUGAGGAGUCUACCAAGGUCAUCCAGAAACUUACUCGCCGCGGCAUCACCGUUCAUAUUGUCUCCGGCGACUUGCAGCAGGCGGUCGAGUCGGUUGCCAGCCAAGUCGGCAUCGCCAACGUUGCGGCCCAGCGCACGCCCUCUGAGAAGCGCGAUUACGUCGCCGCUCUCAUGGAACAGGGCAAGAACGUCAUGUUUGUCGGAGAUGGCACCAACGACGCCGUGGCAGUUACGCAGGCCGACGUCGGCGUCCAGAUCGCCAGCGCGCUCUCCGCCAGCGAGGUCACCCGCGGUGCCGCCGACGUCGUCCUUCUCAAGGGCCUCGAGGGUAUCCCCUUUGUCAUUGAGAUUAGCCGCGUCAGCUUCCGCCGCAUGGUCUUCAACUUUGUUUGGUCCGCCGUCUACAACGUCCUGGCCAUCCUGCUCGCGUCCGGCGCUCUCGUCAAGGUCCGCAUCGAGCCAGCCUACGCCGGUCUCGGCGAGAUUGUCAGCGUCCUGCCUGUCAUCUUUGCCGCUUCGACAAUGCUGAUGGCCAAGAUCAAGACGGACUAA